AUGAAUCGAAUAAUCAAAGUAAAUGCUGGGGGCCGUAUCUUUCAAACAUAUUUGUCAACGCUGCUACGCUUUCCGGAAACAAAAUUUGCCAAUUUUUUUUUACCAGCCCAAAUUGAGGCCACAGGGAAGGCCUACAAGCACAAACAUGAUGAACAGAAUGCAUCAAGCGAUGAAAUUUUUCUGGAUGUCAAUCCAGACGUUUUUGACCUUGUGCUGAACUUUUUGCGCACAAAUAUUAUGCGCUUGCCCACUCACAAUGACGCCUUGCGUUCAGAUCUUGUAUUUCAUCUGAACAUGUGGGACCUCAUGCCGCACGCGUUUCCGCCCCUGCAGGUUGCAGAUGGGGAAGGGGAUGCAUCAGAGGAGGCCCGAUCAAUGGUGGUUCUUCCAGAUGUAUGUGUAGUUCAGCUAUGCGACCACCUGUACCACGAUCAGGGGGUUAAGCGCCACGCCCUGACCAUUACAUAUGGCGCCGAUGGAUUUCAACUCCGCGGUCUGACACAAUCUAUCCGCCGCGACCUAACUCAGCAGCUCUCUUCGACGUUUUGGCAGUGCUACCAAACAAACGAACGCGCCGCGUUCUUCACGACUACAAAAAUUGCCAACGGUGCGGCUGAUCUUUUGACCACAUCCGUAACCCAGCAAGUGAUUCAGCACACAGAGCAGUUGGGCUACCAUCUGACGAGCUCGUACAUCACCCUUAGCCCAGAUGUUGUUCAUGUGAGUGUUCGAAUGCUUAUUCACAACCUAAUUUUCCGGCGCACACGCCUACCUUAUUUAGAACCCUCUGACGGAGUCAACCUCUUAGACGACGCGGAUGGAGAGGGGGUUCUGGAGACUUUUAGGAACUUUGAGCCCAGAAGUGUGGGACCAAAUAAAGUCUCAUGGGAAAACUCUCGUCCACCAGAAUCCGACCGUGUAGGUGAUAUAUAA